AUGGGCAGACACAACACCCUCCUCGUCCAGCGCGCGUCCCCCGCAGCGCCCCGGACCCACAAGCAGACCCGCUUUGCCACCCGCACGGCCCAGCAUCAGAAACCACACGUCCUCGCCAAACCCAGUGUCCCGCGAAGCCCCGGCCUUCGCUCACGACUGCACUCGGCUAAUACCAGUCGCUUCCUGCAGUCGAGAAGCCAGCUCUCGACGAUCCGCGAAGAGGACGAAGAGGAAGAGGAACGCGCGCACAUCCUUCAAGACGCUCGCGGGGCGCGUCAACCCCUGUAUGAGGAUGCGCGCGCCGGCCCGGUCAGACGGCGCGACCCCGACGAGGACGCCGACAUGUCCAGCUGGGACGAUGAGUCCACCCUAGUCGCGCUGCUCCAGGACAACACCCCGGAGCUCGAUGAGGAUGACCAGAUGCUCGAGCUGGUGCAGAAGCUCAAGGCGCCGAUGGCGGCACAAGGCGUCGCCUUGAAGCAGUACCUCGCCGACACCGUUCUCCCCGCAUACAGUCACGUCAAGGAUGUCCACGGCGUCCUGGAAGAUAAAGUUGAUCUGGAGUUCGGCGCGGGCUUGCUAACCUUUGACGAGGUGUGCAAGAAAGUCGAACGGAUUGCCCUGAAGGAUGAAGACGAGAUCAAGGCUGCGCAUGCCCAAUCGCAGAGGACCGUCGCGAAGACUAUCGCCGCUCUCGAGGAUGCGUACGAACAACGGAAACAGCUCUGGUCUGCGCUUCAGGAAGAAAUGGAUCGGUGUGCCUCUCGUGCAAGCACUGCUCUAGACGCCCUUCCUGGCGACCUGGAACAAGCCAUCGCCAUUCUAGAGAAGAAGAGCAAGGCGAUAGAGAAAGAUAACGGCGCCGCCUCUAACCAGAAGAUACUGCGCGGUCUCCUGGAGAAACUCUAGUCUUCCGGUCUGGCUGUCUUUCAAAUUGGACCCUCUUUCACGGACUUUGCAUGAAUCUUUUCGCCCUCCUCAUCUCGCUGUCCCCCUGUAUUACCGUCUCGCUGUAUCGUUGUCAUACUCGCAUUGUACCAUAAACCGCAUGUUUGUGUUCCGUAUUCGCC